CCGGUCUGCAGGUUCACCCCCUCCCCCACCUCCCCGAGAUGUUGCCAUGGCGGCGGCCGCGGGCACUUGGGCCUUCUCACUGCCCGCCCUGAGCAAGAUGCGGGCGUUGUUGCUGCGCGGCGCGGGUGCCACGGACUGCGUGCAGGAAGCCAUGGCAGAUAUUGAAAAUGAUGAGGAGACGGGGAGUUAUGUAGUAGGACGAGGAGGCUACCCAAACAAAGAUGGAUUAAUCCAGUGUGAUGCUGCUGUAAUGGAAGGGCAUCCUUGUCAUUUUGGAGCAGUAGCAGCUCUGUCUGGGGUUGGAACACCACUAGCUGUAGCUCGUGAAGUCAUGGAGAGAAAUACCCACAGCUUCCUGGUUGGGGAUGGUGCAGCGGCCUUUGCAAGAGAGCAGGGCUUCAUUGUAGAGGACAAUGAAAGUAUGAUGACUGAAUGGAGUGCAGAAGUUUAUAAGGAAUAUUUAAAGAAGAAAAAAAGCCCCAAAGGACACAAUACCUUAGGUCUAAUUGCCUUGGAUAUUCAUGGAAAUUUAACUGAUGGUGUAUCUACUUCUGGAGCUCCUUUCAAAUAUCCUGGGAGGAUAGGUGAUUCUCCAUUGCCAGGAUACGGUCUUUACGCAGAUAAUCAGGUACUUAAAAUCCUCAUCAAUCAUCAGGUUGGAGCUGCAGCAGCUACAGGAGAUGGAGACCAGAUCAUGUGCUUCUGUCCAUGCUUUCAUGUAGUUCUGCUAAUGAAACAGGGUUUGUCUCCAAUGGAUGCAUGUCAGACUGUGCUUGAGGAUAUACUCCAGAGAGUAGGAAAGGAAAAUAUGUUUGAACUUGGCAUAAUUGCAGUGAAUAUGAAGGGAGAAGCUGGAGCUGCUUCAUCAAUGCCAUUUCCAUACUGCAUCUGGUCUCAAGGACAGGAUUCCGUAGAGGAAUUAAUGCAACAACCCUGCAAGCUGUGAAAAAAGUACACUACAAGAAUAUUUGUCUAUGUCAUAUAGGACAGAUUGUGAACCCCUUCCUUGUCUUUGCUAUGGUAAGCAGUACAAGUACAAGAUCCCACCAAGACGUACAGGGAUCUGCUCAGUACUCCUGAAAACCUGACUGAUAAACCAUGGAUAUUAGAUUUGGAGCUUAACUUUAUGCAUCUUUAAAAAAAAAAAAUCUUAGCUGGUCCUACAUCAUACCACAAGUAAGCAGUGUCUGCCUUGCAUCUUAUUACUUAUUGGGCCACUAAUUACUUUUCAGUUUUCUGACUGACUGUUAACUUGGAGCCCAAGUCUGUCAUUUUUUCUUGUACUAAGUAGUAUUUUACUCAGUGGGUGCAUCUACAUGUGCAAUUAGCACACAGCAAUAAACUCUAGCAUAGUUUGUGCCCCAGUUUAUUGCUCCUGGGCACAGCAUUUUACAUGUGCAGCUGGCACACUGAGCUGGGACACAGGAGCCCCUGGAUGGCAGAGAACCUGGGGGGUCAGUCUGCCAGCUCGGGGUUGCUCCACCAUAGCUCAACAUGCUGCAGAGAGGCUGACCAGGACACAAGGGGCAUUUGUACGCAUACUUGCGCUGCAGCGCCAGGCGCUUUUAAAAGCAG